AUGAUUCGCCUCUUAAAGUUCUCUCCUUUCUUUUCUAGAAAACCUUGGUUUCCUUCAAGUGUUAGAUGUUUCAGCGACCUCACAAUGGUUGAGAUUGAUGACAUCCAAAACCAAAUUAUUAAAGCCAAAGAUCAUAGCAGUAUUUUCAGAAUUGUUGGAACUAAAGAUGACCUAUCAAUCCACACUUUAGCAUUAAAGCAUUUAGGAAAAUUCAUCCUAGAAAAGCAGCUUAAAAGAGAAUCUUUGAGAAAUAGCACAUAUUUCAAUAUGAUUGAAAAUGUACGGUCCAAUUAUGAAAAAUUAAGUUCUAAUGAAGUUAGUGAUAUUGGCUAUUUUCUUACUUAUCUAUUUAAUAAAUAUUAUUUUUAUAAAUUUUUAUUCUAAAACAUUUUUAAAAAAAUAAUUUAAAUUAAUAAUUAAAUGAUGGAGAAUUAGAGCGACCAAUUCGGGAGAGCUUGGCAACCAUGAAAGCAGAAUUUUUGAUAGGGUUGCCGAAUUUGCUAGCUCUGGAAGAUUGGAUGAGACUUGGAUUGCGAGUGCAUUUUUUGAUUGAAGUAUUUUGGGAAGAAGCAGCAAAGUGCUAGAUAAAGUGGCUUUAGAUUUAUUGAAAGAAGAAGAUAACGGGCUUCAAUGAAGUGAUAUUAGUCAAUUCAUAAUUGGUCUAGCAAUGUGUAGGCACUGUUACUUUAAUGAAAUUGCUGAUAUACUUUUUGAUAAAAUACAGCAGCAAGAGUAUUCUGAAAUAGGGGCGCAUAAAGUGGUUGAUUUAUUUUCAGUUUUAUUAGAUAUAAAUGCAGUUUACCCAGAAGGUGCGGCAUGAAAAACAAUAGAAAAAAUGCAAAAUUACUUGAUAAGAAAUCCAAAAGAAGUCAGAAAAAAAAAGCUCAUAAAAUUAUUGGAAUUUUUUUCUAGAAGUAAAAAAAUGUAUGUCAAUUUAAUUAUUUUUCUAUAUAAUUCAGCUUAAAUAUAAGUUUUGAAUGACAAAUUUGUAUUAAAAUUCUAAUAUACUGUAACACUCCACUGUUUGGGAUAUGUAUGGAUGCUUUAGAGCAGAUGCCUGCUAAAUACCCUCAUUUUUUUCAUAAAGAGUUCUCAGAUAUUAUGUUUGCCCUAGAGAAGUUUUGUGCUAAUACAGGAAAAGGCGUACCACAGCUAUUAAUUGAUAAAAUACUUGAAAAUGAUUAUAGUACGCAGGGUCCUAUUAAAAUUGCAUAUCUUUGCAAAAAUCUAAGCAAGAUGACAAAUACGGUUCCAGACUCUUUUUUAGAUAUGUUUAGAAAAACAUUGAAAUCGAUGCCUAAUACAAUAGAUUUUAUGAAAAUGAUGCUUGGUCUUUCAGAGCUGGACCCAGAAUUUGAUAUCAAUUUAUAUAUACACAAUAAGUUUGACAGGCUUAAAGAUCAUAUUCAAGGAGCUUCAUUUGCAGAGAAUAUUGAUCUUGUUAGCGUUAUGAGAGAAUUUCCCCUUUCUUCUGAAGCAGAAUCUCUGCAAGAAUUAGUUAAAUUUAUCAAUGAAAUAUUUAUUCAAUAUAUUGAUAGUAAGGAAAACGCUGUGAAAUUUAUCAAAGCUUUUACUAACAAGAACGUAGAAGCAGUCAUCAUAAAAAAACUAACCCCAGCCAUUAGACAUGCUAUGCAAGUAAUAAGUGACUAUUGGGACGAGGAGAACCCUUGGUACGGGCUUUAUCAUUUGGUACUGAUCUCUAAGGGGAAUGAAAACUUUUUCGGAAAAAUUAUCAGAACAAAAAGAAUAACAAAAUCCAGCGUAGACACAGUAUUUGAUAGAACAAAAGGAGAAAUUUCUUUAAAAGCGAUAAAUGAGAUGUUCAGUGUUUUAGAUAAUAGCCCAUUUGGUAUUAGCCAAGCUCAAUGUAUGAAAUUUGUGAAUGCGAAUUCUGAUAUAGAAGAUGUUAAAAAAUUGAUAAGCAAACUUAAUCCGCAAGAUGUUCAUCGAAUAAUUGACCAUGAAGCUUUCGAUAUGAGCUAUUUUGAUUUUUUUAACACAAUAUAUAGGAAAGGUUUACUACCACAAAUGAAGGAAUUUUUAGCAGCUUUAUUUAAUAUUGCUGAUGACUCUUUUAUGAAAGAACACAAAGGGCUAUUUUUAGGCAGUAUGAUGGCAAAAUUGAAAAUUCUUGACCCAUCCUUAGCCUUAAAAUUGCUUGAAAUUCAUAAGGACGCUAAUGACGUUUCUGCUUUAAUACGUAUUGCAGCAAGCCUUGAUGAGAUACCUAGGGAACUUUAUAAUCAUAUUUUACAAAGGGUUUUUACUAUUGAUACAAAACACUCUUUUAAAUAUGUGUCGAAUAAAGUAAUUGAGUAUUUAUAUUGGAUGAGAAAGGAUAUACAUAAAUGGCGGACGGCGACCGACCCACCCUCUCAGUGGUGGUUACCCAUGUAUAUCCGGGCAUGGUUUUUGGAGCCGGGAGUUGGCCCAACAAUGUUUUGGACUCGAGGCGAGAGGUCUAAGCACGGAGACCGCUGUUUCUGUGACAAAACCCAUGGGCAGUUACUCGCGACUUCUUUUUGCCAGCAGCGCUCAGCCCAGUGAGUGCCCGAAAUGAGGCAGGGCGACUUACCUGCCUAAGCUGCUUUUGUGGCUUGCCCCGAAUGGCGAAAGCUGUUGAGUUCUUUCUCGGGAUGACCGGAAAAGAGGGGAAGGCAAGCUAGACAACAAAACGGGAGUCUGUCCAGUUAAAAGGUGCCCUUCAAUGGGCAGAUCUGGCGGACGACGCGACAGUGUUGGCGUAAACUUAGGCGACGAUCCAAGUUGGAAAUGGAGGCGGUCAGCAAAGACGGUAUAACACGUCCCUUGACCUUUACCUCUACCGAGAAGCCGGGGGUUUCGGCCCAGGCUUGGUGAACGCUCUGCCACCAUACGGGAAACCGUAGAAUGCUUCCUCGGACGAAGUCGGGACUUUAAAUACCAGCGUAAUCUUAAGCUUAAUUUAUAUUGGAUGAGAAAGGGAGCAGAGGAUGAAGAAGAUUUUAUUUUUGAAGUAAAAGAGGUUGUUACUAAUUUAAAAGAUUAUGAAUAUGAAACACUGCUAGAAAUUAUCAAAAUUUUCCCAGCAAACUAUAAAGGCCCUCAUGAAAAGCUUGCUAACGAAUUUUUAUUAGCUUGCACAAACAAACUGGCAAAUCUCAGCGCGCCACUCGGCAUUAAAGAAAAAGUAGAAGCCUUAGAAACAUUAUCAGAAAUUGCAAUGAUUGCAGAAAAUGAGCCAUUUCACGUUAUAUUAGAUAGUUUUGGAAGCACUUUGCAUUACGAUGAACUGCGGUCUAUAGCUAAAGCUUUUACAAGAAAAGGAAUAAGCGACGAAAGGCUGUUUAAAUCUAUAUCAAAAAAAGUUAUGAGAAAUCCUAAAACAUAUUUAGAUGAUGCACCAAUGCUAGCAAGAGGAAUUGGCGAGCUAGGCCUUCAGCACAACGAGUGGGCCAAAACCUUAAUUUCAACCCUUUCCCAAGAAGUUUAUAACCUGAAUUAUCAAUUUCCAUCUAAAAACACUUAUAUUCAAUGAAUAUGGGGUCUAAUAAGCUUUAACGCCCCACCAGAAAUCAUUGAAAAAGCAAUUGAAGACUUCAAUUCCUUGCCUGGCAAGGCUGAUUUUAAUCUCUAUCUGCUGAACCUAUGCAACUAUUUUGAUGAAAACCGGUUUUCUAUAAGAAUGAAGCUUAAUAACCCAUUGCGAGAAUUAAAUACUUUUAUUGACCCAAUUAAGGAUUUUGGGAUUUUUCCGAAGGGAAUAAGUAAUUUAGACCAAAUUCUUCAAUGAGAUUUUAAAAUAAUUGCAAAAAAAAAUAUAGAGGUCGAAAAAGUUUGGAGCCCAUAUCACAUCCCAGCAUUGAAAACUACUAUUUGGCCUGUAACUAGAGAAAUAUUGCUAUUUAAUGGACAAGACUUCAGAGGUACAUUUUUGAGACAUAAAGCACAUUUAGAAAAACGCUGCAGAGUUGUGACUAUUGAUCAUGAUAAUCUGAUCAGCAAAGACAAAAAGUUUAUAGAAAAUUGGCUAAGGGAAAAUAAAAUAAUAUAG